AUGUACUACAACUGCUGCCUUGGAAACUUCUCCUCCCACUCCCCUGGAGGCUAUCUGCGCUACCCAGGCUCCUUCCAGCCCAGCGACCUGGUCUACAGCACUGAUCUCUGCUCUCCUAGCACCUGCCUGCUGGGCUCCUCUCUCUACAGUGGGUGUCAGGAGGCCUGUGAUGAGCCCACCAGGUGCCAGAUAUUCUGCUACCAUCCAAGGACCUCCCCGCCCUGCACUCCUUGCUGGUCAACUCACACUGGAUCUCUGAGCUGUGGGUCCAGCAGAGGCUACUGCCUGGGCCAUGGAUCUAGAAGUUGCUACUCACUAAGCUGUGGAUCCCGUGGCUUCAGACCCCUGGGCUCUGGAAUCUGUGGCUUCCCUUCCCUGAGCCAUGGAUCCAGAUUUUGCCGCCCAGCAUACGUGGCUUCUAGGAUCCGCCAAACUUCUUGUUACCAACCAGCCUGUAUAUCUGGCUUCUACUGCUGA